AUGGCACUCUCGAAGCGAAGAAAAACCGGUGGCUCGAACGCAAAGCCUCAAGAUAAGAAAGCCAAAGCAGGACCACUUCCCGUCACAGUUCUCUCUGGAUUUUUGGGAAGUGGAAAGACGACUCUUCUUCGUCACAUUCUCCAGUCGCCGGACCAUGGAUUUCGCAUUGCCGUUAUAGUGAACGACAUGGCGUCUGUCAACGUAGAUGCCAACCUAAUCACACGAUCGACAGACUCGCGCGGCAAGAAAGAUAGUGGGGAGAUUCGAGUCAAGGAAAAGGUCAUUCAAAUGCAGAACGGUUGCAUCUGUUGCACACUCCGAUCUGACCUACUCACUGAGCUGGCACGGCUGGCAUGGAGCGACGCUGGCUUCGACCACGUUGUAAUCGAGAGCUCUGGUAUCAGUGAACCGCAGCAAGUGGCGGAGACGUUCACUACUGAGCUCACGGAAGCGAUGAUCGAUGCUGAAGGUAUGGAGACUGAAGAAAAGGAGAUCUUUGCCAAAGUUGCAAAGCUCGGUGGCCUGAAGUCAAUCGCUAGUGUCGACACCAUGGUCACAGUCGUUGAUGCCUUCCGUUUCUUCUCCGAGUUCGACACCGCCGAAUUCCUCCAAGACCGCUUUGGCCGGGAAGAAAUACCUGAAGAAGACCAGCGCACCAUCUCCGAUCUUUUCGCCGACCAGAUCGAGUUCGCCAACGUGAUCAUUGUCAAUAAGGUUGAUGCAGUCAACAAGCAGACACUGGGCAGAGUCAAAGCCUACGUCAAGACACUCAACCCUACAGCGAAGAUCAUUGAGUCGAAGUUCUCUAAAGUCAACAUCAAAGAGAUGCUGCACACUGGUAUCUUCAACUUCGCCGAAGCAGUCGCCAGUCCAGGCUGGCUGAGGAGUCUGCACGAGAUGACCGUCAUGGAUGUCCAAGGCAGGAAGCGCGUAACACCCAAGCCAGAAACUUUUGAGUAUGGCAUCGGGAGCUUUGUCUACCGCGCUCGUCGUCCGUUCGACCCUCUCAAGCUAUACCGCCUCAUCGAGGGAAAGUUCAUUCUGCUUCAAGAAGAGCCCGAAGACGCCGAUGAAGAUGAGGAAGACGACGAUGCUUCAGACGAUGGCGCAAGCAAUGCAGACUCCGCCUCGGACGAGAACACCGCCUCAGCAGGUUCUAACUCAGACAAGAUGGCCGAUGACGAAUAUGACAAAACCCCAAUGUCUGACAAAGAGAUACUUGCCAACAAGAAAGCUUCUCCAUACUUCUCCGGGCUCCACCGCAGCAAAGGCAUCUUCUGGCUCGCUACACGCCCCUUCCAAAUGGGCUCCUGGAGCACCGCAGGCGCAAUGCUAACUAUCGGCUCUGAAAUGCCGUGGUUCUGCUGCGUGCCUGAAGAAGACUGGGGUGCGGACGCUGACACCGUCGCUGCUAUCCGUAAGGACUUCGAAGGCGAGUGGGGCGAUCGAAGACAGGAGUUGGUGUUCAUUGGCGAGGGGCUUGAUGUCGCGGGCUUGACGAAGAUGCUGGAUGCGUGUCUGUUGAGCAGAGCGGAGAUGAGGAAGUGGGAGAAGAUCAUGUUUGAUGGGAAGAUAGAUGAGGAUGAUAAGGAGGAGAGGUUGGCGGGGAUGUGGGAUGAUGAGUAUUGGGCUGAGUGGGCAAGGACGGAGGAGGAGGAUCAUGAGGGGCAUCAUCAUCCUUGA